CUGUAGCUCCGCCCACCUCAGCGUCCUCAGCGUCAGCAGGUAGACCCACCUUUCAUGAUCAGAGGGACAACAAAGCAGCACUGAACAGUAACCCAGAUGAAACAGCUACACAUCAAUGAAGCGACUGGAUUACUAGACUCUUCGUCCACCACCAUGGAGGACGGUUUGUUCUUUAAGUCGGCUUUACCUGCUCAGGACUGCUUCCUGCUGGAUGACACCAGUCUGGCUCUACCUGCCGAGACGAGGGUGAGUUCAACCGAGAGGAGUCUGCGAGUUCAGCAGCAGGUCCAGCUCACACUGGCGCGGAAGGCAAGAAGGACUGUGUCAUCAAAUGGUAGUGUCCAUUUACAGAAAAACACUGCAAAGAGCUUUGAUGCUUCGGAUGGACAUUUACCAAACAUGAAGGUAAAUGGAUUGAGCUUCACCAACCGCUCUCUAUCAAGCCACCAUCUGCGGAGACCAUCCAGGAGGGUGGAAGUGUCUCCACCGCCAAGCCCAGAGUUUCCUCGCAGUCAACGCUUCAAUUACAGCGCCUCCCGUUAUGGGACGUACACCCAUCCAGGACCGAGUCAGUCACACAGGGUGGGCCCUCUGCUGGACUACUCACUUGGUUUUGAUACAUUUCGCCGCUACGCCUUCUCAGAGGCACCCCGAGUGACGCGGCCGCUCACUUCCACAACUGCACACGGGACCCUCCACCGGAGGUCAGUCAGACUGACAGCAGUAGCACCACCACCACCACCACAACAGCUUGGGCUUGCAAAUGCAUCGUUUCGGCAAAGUGGUGAAUAUGGCUCUCGCUGGAAUCAUAACCAAAGUUUUGUCAAACAGGAGAGACAAACGGCGCAGGGACAAAAUGGUGAUAUGAUGCUCGGUGCUGUCCAGCCCGAGGAGGGGUUGGCCUGGUUGGCUCAGGUCAGGAGGGUGGGUCAGGGGCUCCGCAGACUGAAUUCAUACCCGCCCUCGGUCACCAGCGUGGAGGUGGACAUGGCGAGGCAGAUGGAUGUAGAAUCCCCCAUUCAGCAGACAUAUGCACAGAAACUCAUGAUGCCGAAGUUGGAGAACAAGCCUCCAGAGAUGACGUUAGAGAGGGCCGUGAACCUGCUGACCCAGGAUAAUGAGGACACGCUGAUAAGCGCAGCCAGCCACAUACAGAAUCAAUGUUUCAAGAGCGCCGAUGCUAAAAAGAUGGUGUACUAUCUCCGUGGGAUUGGAAAGCUCCUACAGCUCCUGAGCAAUGACGACGAGGAGGUGCAACGCGUCGCCGCCGGGGCUCUACGUAAUGUCGUCUACCAGAGCAGCGAAAACAAGAUGGAGGUGAAGGAAAAUGAUGGCCUGGCCACCGUUUUGCAUACGCUGAAGAGCAGCCGCGAUGUGGAGACCAGACGACAUCUUACUGGUCUUUUGUGGAACCUCUCCUCUCAUGACCUUUUGAAGGAGCGUCUCUCCAAAGAGGCCUUAUCGGUCCUCACCAAGUCAGUCCUGGUACCUAGUUCUGGCCUUUCUGAAGGCGAGAACCCAAAAGACGAGCUCCUCGCUGACGACGAGGCUUUCCACAAUGCCACCGGCUGCCUCCGAAAUCUGAGCUCCGCCGGUCCAGAUGGCAGGAAAGCAAUGAGGGAGUGUGAGAAUUUUAUUGACUCUCUGGUCUACUACAUCCGGGGAGCCGUAGCUGACUAUAAAACAGAUGACAAGUCCACAGAGAACUGCGUCUGCAUCCUGCACAACCUAUCUUAUCAGGUCGAGGCAGAGCUUCCUAAGAAGUACACCUUAGAGCUCCGAGGAUCUCGACUAGACUUGGCUCCCAAGCAAAAGGCUGUCGGUUGCUUCGCUCAUCGCAGUGCCAAGAUCACAGAGCAUCUGGAGCGACAGUGCCCUCUGCUGCAGGAGAAGGCUAACCCCCAUGGCAUAGAGUGGUUGUGGAGUGCCAUCACUAUCCGGAUGUACCUGUCACUGAUGGCCCGCAGUGUGCGUCACUACACCCAGGAGGCCGCCAUCGGAGCGCUGCAGAACAUCACAGCUGGGAACGGAGUGGUGACUGAAGCCAUCGCCUUCACUAUUGUCCAACGGGAAAAUGGGCUUCAGCAUGUCAAGAAGAUGUUAGAGGAGGGAGAGAGUAAUGUGAAAAGGAUGGCCAUAUCGCUAAUAAGAAACCUCUCGCGCUACCAGGAGCUGCACCCUGACAUUGUAAAGCAGGUGUUGCCAGAGGUGGUGGGGAUGCUCCCCAACGACGACUCCGGCACCGACCUGCCGACCGAGGUAACGGCUUCUCUGUGUCAAACCCUGACCAACCUGAGUCAGAGUGACAAGCAGCACGUCAGAGCCAUCGUCAACCAGGGAGCCCUCCCGAAGAUCAUCAACAUCAGCAGCAAGGACAACGGUUCUGGACCAACUAGAGCAGGUCAUGCAGCGUGCGUCCUGCUGCACACCAUGUGGAAACACAGUGAUCUCCACGGGGCCUACAAGAAGUGUGGCUACAGGAAAACUGAUUUCGUUAAUGCAAGGACAACAAAGGCUGUGAACUCUGGACGCGACUGAGCUGAAGAUCUGAAACUAACUCACCUGUUGACAAUAACGGCAACAAUCACUUUAUGCACCUCCUGUAAUGGACCACCUGUAGUUUUUUCAAUGCUGCAGAUAAAACAUUGUGAACACUGCCUACAUUUCUCUUAAAGGUCCCAUGAAAUUGCUUUAAAAUUGUACAUUUAUUUUGUUUUUGUUAGUGCUGCUGUUAGUGGACAAACAUGGUCAGAAAACCGGACAUGAAUGUAGAAAGAAAGCAAAGAUAAUGAAUGAAAUGUAAAGCAUUUCUUUAUGUUUGUGUAGCUUUUUACCGUAGUGGCAGCUCAACAGUUGAGAAUACUGUUUUGUGUGUUUUGUGUAUUUUAGCACUUCAGGCGACGCAAUAAUCAAACAAAGAACCACAAUGAAAACAUUCACACUAAAGACAUUGUGAAGGAUGAAAAUCAAAUCAACUGCAUUAUUUCUAAUAAUCCAAUGAACUGUUAUAUAAAUGUAUAUAAAAUGUAUUUUUAAACAGAGUGAUUUCCUACUGUACGCACAAUAACAAGCUGAUUUCUUGCUGUCUGACUUGAGCUAAUGAAUAAACUGUUUUGAAUGAAACUUAUUGUUCACUAUGUUCUGGGAAACUUAGUUAAUAAAUGACUUAGAAAAUGCCAAAAUAUAACAGCUAUGAUAAAAAAAAGGAAGACAAACUGCUUGAUUAUUAUGUGUAAUAAAUUGUUUCCCCCUAAUAAA